AUCACAUUUAUUUUCUGCCACCAUCGUUUCUACUUGGACUUGCAGUCCUCUUGGGGAAAGCUCACGCUCUCGAGAAUAACAUUUACAUCUUAGUUGAACCGUCCGUACAUUUUGUGCAAAACAGGCACUCUUGCUCGAUUCUUCCUCUGGAAUGACGUCGACCAAAGCUUCUCGAAAAGGAAGGUCAGCUGAUCCACACUGAAGUGACGAAGAAAAGUCAGCGAAAGGAACGGAAUUUCCGGAGUCCGCGCAGCCAAUGAGCGUAUUCCACAUGCGGCCAGCGAGAGCGGUGCACGCGGAUCAGGAGAGCGGCGGAGCGGAGACAUGCGAUUGGUGCUGAUGGUGCAAGAGCUGCGAACACCGGCAGCAUAACGUUACCGCCGUUCACGGGAUCCAGCCGAAGAUUGUUAGGACGAGAGACUGUUUGGGACUCUAGAAUUAACACUACCGGGAGCGUACGAAGGACUAAAAAAAACUAAGAAAGCGAGUUAAUGAUGUGGGUUGGAUAUGUUUUGUUGAAUUAACUUAGUCAGUUUUUCCCUUUUAAGCGCGUUCAUCGCUUACCGUUAUAUUUAAAGUCACUACAUUUUGAUCAAGUUUUUCGAGGGUCCAAGGUCUUGGGACUUAGGAAAAAAGGCUUGAAAGAAGUCCGAUUGGGAAGGUUGAGAGUCCGAUCGUCACCAGGGUGUUCGUCCGUCCACGAUGGAGAACGCGCACACGAAAACGGUAGAGGAAGUUUACAGUUAUUUCACCGUAAACGAGAGCACCGGACUUGGUCUGGAGCAAGUGAAGCGACAGAAGGAGAAAUGGGGAACGAACGAAUUACCUGCGGAAGAGGGAAAGUCUUUGUGGGAGUUGGUGGUGGAGCAAUUUGAAGAUCUUUUAGUGAGGAUUCUUCUCCUGGCUGCUUGCAUUUCUUUUGUACUGGCUUGGUUUGAAGAGGGAGAGGAGACCAUCACCGCAUUCGUGGAGCCUUUUGUAAUAUUGCUAAUUCUCAUAGCCAACGCUAUUGUAGGUGUUUGGCAGGAGAGAAAUGCUGAAAAUGCCAUUGAGGCCCUCAAGGAGUACGAGCCAGAGAUGGGCAAGGUGUAUCGCCAUGACAGAAAAACCGUGCAGAGGAUCAAAGCCAGGGAUAUCGUACCCGGGGACAUUGUGGAAGUUGCCGUGGGUGACAAAGUUCCUGCUGACAUUCGCUUGACUUCAAUCAAGUCGACAACCCUGAGGGUGGACCAGUCUAUUCUAACAGGAGAAUCUGUGUCAGUGAUCAAGCAUACAGACCCUGUCCCUGACCCUCGUGCUGUGAACCAGGACAAAAAGAACAUGCUCUUCUCUGGAACAAACAUCGCUGCUGGCAAGGCUGUCGGCGUAGUGAUUGCCACUGGAGUGAACACUGAGAUCGGCAAAAUCCGCGACGAGAUGGUAUCCACGGAGCAGGAACGCACGCCGCUGCAGCAGAAACUGGACGAGUUCGGCCAGCAGCUCUCCAAGGUCAUCACGCUCAUCUGCAUCGCCGUGUGGAUCAUCAACAUCGGACACUUCAACGACCCCGUCCACGGCGGCUCGUGGAUACGCGGGGCCGUGUACUAUUUCAAGAUCGCCGUCGCGCUGGCUGUGGCCGCCAUCCCAGAAGGCCUGCCCGCCGUCAUUACCACGUGCCUGGCUCUGGGGACCCGUCGAAUGGCCAAGAAGAACGCCAUCGUGCGAUCUCUGCCCUCUGUGGAGACCCUGGGCUGCACUUCUGUCAUCUGCUCUGAUAAGACCGGAACAUUAACCACCAAUCAGAUGUCUGUCUGCAGGAUGUUUAUUGUAGAUCAAGCCAAUGGAAACAGCUGUUCUUUGAAAGAGUUCACCAUUACUGGAUCUACAUACGCCCCUGAUGGACAAGUGUUUCAUGAGGGUAAACCAGUGAAAUGCUCCCAGUAUGAAGCUCUGGUUGAAAUGGCCUCCAUCUGUGCUUUGUGCAAUGACUCCUCUCUGGAUUACAAUGAGGCCAAAGGUGUGUACGAGAAGGUGGGAGAAGCCACAGAGACCGCCCUCACAUGUCUGGUGGAGAAAAUGAACGUGUUUGACACAGACCUGAAGGGUCUUUCCAAGGUUGAGCGAGCGAACGCAUGCAAUUCUGUCAUCAAGCAGCUGAUGAAGAAGGAAUUCACUCUUGAGUUCUCCAGAGACAGGAAGUCCAUGUCGGUGUACUGCACUCCUAACAAAGCUCGUUCCUCUAUGGGCAAAAUGUUUGUUAAGGGGGCUCCGGAGGGAGUGAUUGACAGAUGCACGCACAUCCGAGUGGGUGGGAACAAAGUUCCCUUGACAGCAGGUAUUAAAGAGAAGAUCCUGUCUGUGAUCCGUGAGUAUGGCUCAGGACGUGACACACUACGUUGUCUGGCUCUGGCCACCCGAGACAAUCCCCUGAGUAAAGAAAGUUUGGUGUUGGAGGACUCUAGCCGAUUCAUUGAGUAUGAGACGGAUCUGACUUUCGUGGGAUGUGUGGGCAUGCUGGACCCCCCCAGAGCUGAGGUAGCAGCUUCCAUCAAACUGUGUCGACAGGCGGGCAUCAGAGUGAUCAUGAUCACCGGUGACAACAAGGGCACAGCCGUCGCCAUCUGCAGACGCAUCGGCAUCUUUGGUGAGGGAGACGACGUAUCGCGCAUGGCAUACACCGGCCGAGAGUUCGACGACCUGUCUCCUGCUGCCCAGGGUGAGGCGGUGCUCACAGCCCGUUGCUUCGCCCGAGUCGAACCCUCCCACAAAUCCAAGAUAGUGGAGUUCCUACAGUCGUAUGACGAGAUCACUGCCAUGACUGGAGAUGGUGUGAAUGAUGCACCUGCUCUGAAGAAGGCUGAAAUCGGCAUCGCUAUGGGUUCGGGCACGGCGGUGGCCAAGACGGCCUCUGAGAUGGUGCUUGCCGAUGAUAACUUCUCUACCAUUGUGGCCGCAGUGGAGGAAGGUCGAGCCAUUUACAACAACAUGAAACAGUUCAUCCGCUACCUCAUCUCUUCAAAUGUGGGCGAGGUGGUCUGUAUUUUCUUAACAGCGGCUCUGGGGUUCCCCGAGGCUCUGAUCCCAGUUCAGCUUCUGUGGGUUAAUCUGGUGACUGAUGGUCUGCCUGCUACCGCACUGGGCUUCAACCCACCCGACCUGGACAUCAUGAGCAAACCCCCCCGCAAUGCCAGAGAGCCCCUCAUCUCCGGCUGGCUGUUCUUCAGAUAUCUUGCGAUUGGCUGUUAUGUUGGUGCUGCUACUGUAGGUGCUGCUGCGUGGUGGUUCGUCGCUGCUGAAGAUGGGCCCAGGGUCACAUUCUACCACCUGAGCCACUUCCUCCAGUGCGCUCCAGACAACCCUGAGUUUGAGGGCCUGAAUUGUGAAGUCUUUGAGUCUCCCUAUCCAAUGACAAUGGCUCUGUCUGUACUGGUCACCAUUGAGAUGUGCAACGCCCUCAACAGCGUUUCCGAGAACCAGUCCCUGCUUCGUAUGCCCCCCUGGGAAAACGUGUGGCUACUGGGAGCCAUCUGUCUGUCCAUGUCCCUCCACUUCCUCAUCCUUUAUGUAGAGCCCCUGCCGGUGAUCUUUCAGAUCACCCCACUGAACUUGACCCAGUGGCUUAUGGUACUGAAGAUCUCCCUGCCAGUCAUCUUGCUGGACGAGGUGCUCAAGUUCGCUGCCAGAAAUUACCUGGAGCCCUGCAAAGACCUGGACAAGCCCAUAGGCAGGUCCUGCUCACUCAGCACCUGCACAGAGGGCAUCUCCUGGCCCUUCGUAGCUCUCUCACUCCCCCUGGUGCUGUGGAUCUACAGCACCGACACUAACUUGGCCGAGAUGUUCUGGUCUUGACUGAAAUGAGCACACUAUGUGUGUACACGUGCGUCCGUAUGCAUGGUUGUGCGUUUAAAGUGUGCCUCUGCAGCAGUGAAUGUGUACAAGAUGAAAUUAACACACGCAUAACAGUAACAUAGAAAUAGCCAUUUUUAACUAUUUUUGGUGAGGAAUAAGCAGAUUACGCAGAUCUGAAGUCUUUGAGUAUUAGUGACCGUUAAUGUUCCUAGAUCAUUUGGGGCAUUCCCGCAGGUUUUUUUUUUUGUCACGUUUUCUUUUAAACUAAUCAUUUUGUCUCAAUUAUAUCUCAUUUCAAACCAGUAUGAAUAAUGUUCAUUCCACAUUGUGCCCCGCCGUAUCAUGUGUUCAUUGUGUACAAACACUAUUUUAUGCAAUUGUUUGUGUUUUUGUUUCUGCUUCCAUUUUUUUGUAACCGAGUGAAGUAGGGUAGAGUGGAAAGAGAGAGAGAGA